UAUAAAUAUGAAAAUAUUUUAUACAUUGGAAAAUGUACAAUGGUUUAAUCCUAGCUAUAAUUUACGUGUAAAUUUUUUGUAUCCUCAACAAAACCUUAAUUCAACAAUAUUCGUAAGAGCUAAGAGUCAAGGCAAAAUUUUCUCUAAGGGCGAAAAGAAAGAAGAGGAGGAAGAGGACGAAAAUGAAAUAGAUGAAAUAGAUGACUAUUUAAGGACACAAAACUCGAAAAUAAUUGUAACUAAAAUACCUUCCCUUCGACUAGAUGUUAUCGCUAAGAUUGGGUUUGGAAUGUCACGCUCCAAACUGGAUAAAGAAUUUUACAAAAAUAAUAUACGUUUGAAUGGGGAAAGGUGCUUAAAAAAGGGAGUAAUGAUUCAUAUUAAAGAUCAAAUAGAUUAUAUUAAGGGUAAAAGCCCCACAAAUCCAAAUUACUUAAUAGUAGAUCGAUGUGUAUUAGUAUCCGUUAACACAACAGAAGAAAUGGAUACUAUUUAUGUAAAAAUAAUUCAAAAUAAAUCUUUAUUAGUAGAUGAUUAUAAUAUUCAUUAA